AUGCUGAGAGUUAUAAACGGCAAGCUUGCGCUCUUUCUUUGUUUUCUUCAGGUCCACACAAUCUUUGCUUGCACUUUUCUCAACGUGGGAGACUUUAAUGCCACGAUCAUUUAUGAGAUUAAUCCAGAAAAUGAGGAUUCCUGUCUAAUUGCUUGUUUUGAAGAUCCGAUUUGCAAAUUUGUGAAAUACUCUGAGAAUCUGUGCACACUUUACAAGGAAGGAUCCGAAUUACAAGCAAAAGAUGGAAAAGUAUUCGAGCUGAAGCGACAACUGAUCACAGAGUCAUGCUCACGAGAAGUGCUUUUGGAACCAGUUAUAGAAGAUAAUGGAGAGCCAGAGUCUGAAGAACAACCCGAACAAAAGCCUUGCAGAGGAUGGCAGGAUUGUUGA